AUGAUCGAGAGCUCAUCGUUAUAUGUUGAUUUUAAAAAACUUACUCCCAGUAGGAAGGGAUUAUCACGCUACGCAGCCAUCGGUAUUUUCGAUUCUCCACCAAUUCACUACCAACAGGCUUUAUCCAAAACUCCCGCUCCACAACGGACAGGUGGAGAAGGGAUUCGAGAUCGUUCGAAAAGCAUUUGCGACACAAUAACGAUGACGUUCUCAAUCACCAAAGCGGUCUCGGCAGUUUGUAUUGCUCUGCUGGCAGAUCGAGGAACGUCUGAAGUAUGA